GUGUCCAAGUGUGACCAGGGCUGGGGAAGUGUGGCUGUGCUGACACCGUGAGAGCUGGGGAUUGCAUUCCAGGGCUUGGCUGUGGAUGCCAUGCAAGCACCUGAGGCUGAUUGAGACCCUGCAUCAGGCAAAGAUCUCCUGAUUCUGAGGGGUCCCAUCCCUCACGGAAGCUGAGUACCAGAUCCUGGUGGAUCUGGGAUGCAAAUUCCCUAGCAAUCCUCUGCAACAGGGAAUUAGUGUGAGGAGGCAAAGGCUUUAGUGGAGUAACUCUGGGAGGUCAUUGUAGACUGAAGGAAGAAAGGAUCUUGUGUAAUAAGCCCCCCAGUAUCCAGCCAGGACAUAUCCAAACACUUCAGAUCUCUUCUAAGGUUAUUUCCUUAAUUCUGUUUAAACUCUCCCACAUUUGUGGAUGCAAUUAUUGUCCUAUGGAAAAAAAAAAUAUCCUCCCACACAAGUGAGAUGAAGACUAUUAACUGGAGUCAGCCACUUGUGACAAGAGCUGCUCGAAGAACAGAGAGCUGUGUUUAUGGUGCUCCGGUAAGAAGCAAAGAGCACACUUUAAAAUAACGAUUAAAUAAAACAACAGCCGUUCUCCUUCUUCUUCGAGAGCAGCAAGCUCGGCUCCAGCUGCGCCUGUCUCCCAGAUGUGCCCGUGGGUCUGAGCGUGGGACUCCUGCCUGCAGACUCGUCCCGCCGGCAGACUCGUCCCACCAGAUGAACCAGUUUCACUUUCAGAAAUAGGAAGUUCUCCGGGAAGCGCCGGCGAGCGCCCAGACGCGUGCGGGUAACGCGGGCCGGCAGGAUGAGCUUCCCGGCCGGCGGCAGGAGCCCCGCAUCCCCCCUUGGCCCGGCAUAGCCCACCGCAUCCAGCGCAUCGCCGGGCAUGGAGCAGUUCGUCAGGAAGCGCCUGACCUUCCUGACAUCCUUCUGGAACAAGCUCCGUCCCCGCUCCGUGACGGAGAGCUGCUCGCUGGGGUAUCUUGGCUCUGAUUCCGUUUCGCUGAACUCGGAGGCGACUUCCAUUUCCUUCAUCCCCAAGUCCUCUCUCUGUAUCGCUUUGUACGCUUUCACAGCCCGCAGCGCCGAGGAGCUGAGCAUAAGCGCAGGGGACAAACUGCGUGUCCUCAGAGAGGAGGGCGAGUAUGUCUUAGCCCGGCGGCUGCUGGGGGAGCCGGCCAUGGGCUACGUCCCUGCUGCCUACGUGGCCAACCUCAGCCAGGGCACCUCCGCCCACCGCCCCUGGUACUUCAGCAAGAUCAGCCGGAACGAAGCGGAGCAGCUCCUCCUCUCGCCUCCCAACCAGCACGGCUCCUUCCUCGUCCGGGACAGCGAGAGCAGCAAGGGCGAAUACUCUCUCUCAGUACGCAACCACGCCAAGGUCAGCCACUUCCGAAUCUGCAAGAGCCCCAGGGGCAGCCUCUACAUCCAGAAGGGACACCCCUUUCCCAACAUGGAGGAGCUCCUCGCCUUCUACACGGAGCACUGGAAAGUCAUCCAGAGCCCCCUGCUGCAGCCCUGCAGCCCUGCGACUCCCCCCGAGAGGGACGGCUGGGAGCGCCCGCGCUGGGAGUUCACCCUGCGGAGGAAGCUGGGAGAGGGCUACUUUGGAGAGGUGUGGGAAGGGCUGUGGAGGAACACGGUGCCAGUGGCCAUCAAGAUCAUUAAAGCUGACAUGAAAGCAGAAGACUUCACCAAGGAGAUUCAGAACCUGAAGCGCCUGAGGCAUGAGAAGCUGAUCCAGCUGCACGCCGUGUGCUCCCUGGAGGAGCCCGUGUACAUCAUCACCGAGCUCAUGCGCAAAGGCAACCUCCACAGCUACCUCAACAGUCCUGAAGGGAAGUCCCUGGGCACCUCCCACCUGCUCAACAUCUCCUGCCAAGUGGCGGAUGGGAUGAGGUACCUGGAGGAGAAGCACAUUGUCCACCGGGAUCUGGCAGCCAGAAACAUCCUGGUUGGAGAGGAACUCACCUGCAAAAUCGCUGAUUUCGGACUUGCCCGGCUCCUCAAGGAUGACAUUUAUUCCACCAGCAGCAGCACUAAGAUCCCAGUGAAGUGGACGGCCCCAGAGGCAGCCAACUACCGCACCUACUCCCUCAAGUCCGACGUCUGGUCCUACGGGAUUCUGCUCUACGAGGUCUUCACGUAUGGACAGAUCCCCUAUGAAGGAAUGACAAACCAAGAAACCGUACGGCAAAUCACCAGGGGCUACCGCCUCCCCCGGCCCAGCCCCUGCCCUCCCGAGAUCUACAGCAUCAUGCUGGAGUGCUGGAGUGGCAACACGGAGGAGCGUCCCACCUUCCUGGCCCUGAGGGAGAAGCUGGGCUUCAUCUACAGGCGGCUGCUCAGCUCCCUCUCCUGAGGGACCCCUUCCCACCAUCCUUCCUGCACAAGCCCCUCUAGGCCAGCUCUUGCCAAGAAGUUCCUUCCUUCUGGUUUGUCCUCUGACAGGGCUACAAGGAAAGCACAUUCCCCCAGAAAACAGCCUGUGGUCCCUCACAGCCAGCGUGCAGGGAGGUGGCCAAGGGAGAAAGCAACAAGUUGUGCAGAACUCGUUGCCAGCGCUUGGCUGCGCAACAGUUUGGAGAAGCGCCACGGAGGCAUCACUCAAAGUUUACAUCUUGGUUCACUCAGUAGGGUGGGAGGCCCCUGCUGCUCCCCACACAAACGUGAAGGUUUGCAGUUCAUGUUCAGUUGUGGCUCUGCUUGAUUUAUCUGGUAGUGUGUGUUCGGUGUAUUUAUCAAUAAAUGUGUGUGCAUCCACCCACAGGAGUCCUUGCAGGGCAUUGCUGGAUACUCCUCCUUCAGCACACUGCUCCACUCCCUCCCAGGCAUCAUGGAAUGGCUUGGGUUGGAAGGGCCCUAAAGCUCAUCUUGUUCCAAACCCCUGGCAUGGACAGGGACACCUCCCACUAGAGCAGGUUCCUCCAAGUCCUGUCCAACCUGGAUGUGAACUCUUCCAGGGAUGGGUUUGAGGAGCCCACCAAGGAUAGGUUCAAGGAAGUACCGAUUUGCAACCAGUCCCACUCUUGCAACCGCAGAUAAAACAAUUCUUGUGUCUCUUUGGACUCUAUUCAUCCAACUACCCCUGUGUGCCUCUGCCCCCCCUUUGCCAGGCAGCAGCCCCACACACCCAGAGGGCUCUGCAGAGUCAGCUCCUGACUGGGCUGCUCUGCUCUGGGUCCUUCUCUCACUCACCAUUGUGUGGUUAUUCCAAGAAAAAUUAAUGUCUGUGUUCUGAUAUUGAAUGCCUCCUUAUCGCAGGUGCAGGCAGCGAAGGUAAACCCUGCCUCACCCUACUUUGCUCUUUAUCCCACCCAUGGGGCAAGCCAAGAGAUGCUGCCACCGCCCCCAGCUCCUCCCUAAUCCCAGGAUAUGGCAUUGCAGGGGGACCUUGAGCCUCUGAUCCCUCCCAAGCCGUGGCAGAGUUUGCUGCACCAAGACCCUGUUGCCCCCUGCCCGUGAACACUCCUAGAAGCCAGGCUGUCCUUGGCAGCAGUGGAAGGACACAUGGAAAAGCAGCAAUUGGAGCAACGUCAAGGCUCCAGGCUGGUGCAGGCAGGGGCAGCCCGAGUGGGGCUGUUGGAGCCCUAACACAGUCGUGGCACUGGUGGCAGGAGCAGACAGGCUGUGGGUGAAAGGCAACUGGCAGAGGUUUAGAAUUCCUCCUGACGAGCCCAUCUUGCCCCUUUGCAGGUGACCAUGGGACUGAGCCAACAGCAACGCUGGAAUUUAUAAAGUUAAUAAAGUUUAUGUAACAUUUCCCAUGCCUGGGCAGUGUCCAUGCUGUGCAGAGCAGCAGAAACAAGUCUGGCUGUUGGCUGAGCAAGUCUCCAAGCACGAGGGGCCUGGAAAGGGGAGGCAGGAAUGUGGUUUAGGGGUGGGAUGAAGCCUGCUCUGCUCCUGUCCACAGAGCUGAAGCCCUGUCCCUGUCCCAGCAGCUCUUGGUUAGAGUAUUCCCAGAUGGAACAAGCAACAGGCUGGGUUUGGACGUGGUUGCAAGAGGAAAUCCUCUCCUUGCACAAACACUUUGCAGCCUGAUCAAACACCUGAGCGGAGAGCACAGCUAUGUCCAGCCCAGGUCCUCUCCUGCAGCAAAGACUGAAGGCACAUCCAGC